AUGAAUCUAGGAGGUACUAAGAAAAGAAGAAAGAGAAUGAAAAAACAGAGAGGGUCGGGAAUGAAAAUAACAAGGAGAAAAAGAAGGAGACGACAGAGAGGCCGUGGAUUUUUUACUGAUUUACUGAAAACGGGGGCUAAACACGCCUUGACUGCUGCUGCUAUCACUGGAUUAGACGUAUUAGAAAAUAAGAGAUCUUUAAAAGACGCAGUCAAAACUCACGGAGUAAGAGCUCUCAAAAAUACUUCGGGAAUGGUGAAACAAAGAAUGAAUCUAGGAGAGUUACCGGCCAAUUCUAAAAACGAAGGAUUCCCAAAAAGACACCAAGCUAUCAAUGGGAGUAAGAAAAUCAGUUUGCUGGAUCGUUUACAUCUGGAUUUGUUUCAACAAGAUCGAUUUCUGCCUAAUGGAGUGGACGUCCGUUUGCGAUUUAAUCGAGCUAGACCCACUUUCUACAUGAUGACCAAAGGAGGAAGUACAGGAAAAGUGAAAAUUUUGAGUAUGAUCUUGUGGGUGAGAAAAGUCAAACCCACACCAGUCAUGAUGAAUGCCAUUAAUCAGAGUUUGAAUACCCACAGAGCCAAAUAUCCCUUGAGAAGAGUGGAAGUGAAAACCUUUACCAUCGCGACAGGAUCUCAGUCUAAGAUUACGGAUCAUCUGUUUCAAGGUCAGAUGCCUAAACGUCUCAUUUUAGGGUUUAUGGAGAAUGCGGCCUUUAACGGAGAUCAAACUAAAAAUCCCUUUCAUUUCCAAAACUUUGGGAUCAAGAAAUUAGAUGUCAGUAUAAACGGAGAGACCAUUAGUACUCGUUGUUUUGAGCCUAAUUUCAACGACAAUUUAUAUCUGAGAUCUUAUCUCAGUCUGUAUCAAGCCCUGGGAAAAUUAGGAGAAGAUUGGGCUCCGGACAUUACCCUAGAAGAGUAUAAAAGCGGCUACACUCUAUGGGGCUGGGAUUUCACUGAAGAUCAAGAGGCGCAAUCGGAUGAAUUCCACAUCAUAGAAACAGGAAAUCUGAGAGUAGAAGUGCAGUUUACCAACAAUACGGCUACCACCAUAAAUUGUGUGGUGUAUGCAGAAUUCGAUAACCUAUUAGAAAUUAACAAACAGUAA